UGUUUUUGGCGUAGCGUAGUGGUUACGUGGUGUCAGAGGCACGUUUUCAGGUAUGAGCAGGCCGUGCCAGGCCACAUGGCAGAUCCGGGUUAAAGGGGUGCUAAGGUAAGCAUACGACGAGAACUGGAUCAGGGUGUUUGAUUAACGUUGAACGAAGGCCCUAUAUUCCUUCGAGCCAACGUUUGGGAGCACGCUCCGGGAAUGGCGAUAACGGUGCACGUUGCGUCGACAUGCGGCAUGUAUCGGCACUGUCUGUUGGCAUGGCCAUUCUGUUCGGUUCUAGCCUUCGUUCCUCUACAGUAGUUUUUGUAGCAUCUUUUUGUUCGAUAGACGCUGUUGCCGCACCUGUCUUGCUUAGCCUUGCUGUUUAUCUGUGGCCAACUGAAAACCGUACUGGCUUAACGGGCGCGCAACAGCCCAAUUCCUGUCACCAUUCAGCUUCAAACCAGCCAAUCAAUGUCGGACCAAGACCAGGCUGUCCAAAAAUAAAUGGACUACAGUACGUUAAGCUAGCGUUUAUUGCAGAACCCACCAACCACUGUCCGUCGUUUACAGUGGGCAAAAAAAGCCACUGGCGUAGUUGCAAGCCUGAUUUUGCUGCACAUCUCCCCACUUCACCACAAACUAGCAAACUUGACAGCAGCCAGAGCAUCAACGGCGCCCACGUGACUGGACACCGGGCGCUGCUUACUGUUGGCUGCCGUCUUAUCCGCCCAUCGCCGGCAGCCUGGCCACCCAACCAACUCCAUCCUUGCUGCUCGCAUCUCACGCCGCUCCCCUGCGUGCUAUUUUAUUAUUUUUAUUAUCCUUUUUCUUUGUAACCCGCUUCUUAUUCCCCUGCUCCUCACAGCUACCGCCAUCAGACGCCCCAUCUCACUUCUUACUGUCGACCCCGACACUUAUAGAGACCGCGUUUUCCGUCCUGGUCUGUCGUAAUGCUUUCUAUUUCAGUCCGACUUUCCCGCACGACACUCUCCAUCUAGCUGCUGCUGCUCAGACCCUUGAUGCACAGCAUACUCGCAGGGAACAAUUUGAGAAGCAGAAUAGAAGCCCGCCUUCCAUUUACGUCUCUCUGAGCACAAGCCUGCCAGCCAGCCCGCCAGCAAGCCAGCCUACCGUUGGCCCCCUCCUGCCCCUCCUCCUCUAACCCCCCCUCCAUACCUAUCACCAUGGUCUACUACGGCCGUCCAUCGACUAGCUGCCACAACUGCAGAGCCAAGAAGCGACGAUGCGACAAGGCUGUACCUGAAUGUGGACAAUGCCGUCGUCUCAAGCAACCAUGCCCUGGUUACAGAGACCCCUCUGGCCUCAUCUUCCGCGAUGAGAGCAGUCAGGUCAUCGACAAGGCCAGAUCGAAGGUAUCGAAGAAGACAUCGGCCCCAGCAUCAUCCUCAACGGCGGCUGCUGUCAAGCGUCAAUUGUCUGCAGAGCCUACCAAGCUCCGGACCUCGAGCCAGGGCGAGUCAUCACCGCACAUCUCCACAGUGGAAGAGCUGUUGAGCGAGGCUGGUGACAAUGUCUUUUCGAAUAACACAUUUGAUCUCGAUCUGCUUGGAUUCCUCAGCCCCUUCAACGCCGACCCGGAUUUAUUCCCUGUCAACCAAGGCUCCGAUCCUAUCCUUGGUCCUGGCGAUAGUGCUACAGCAACCUCAUCAACGGCAGCCGGCCUCGAUGAGGUUACCAUCCAAGACAUUGCUGACGACAUGAGCAGCCGCCGUCCAGGUUCUAAUGCAGGAUCAACAACCGUUGUGCAACAGCAACGGAUGCCCAACCAGCAACAAAUCACGCCGCAACAAGAGGCCAUUUCAAGGCCAUUCUCCUUGCCGCUUGACAUGAUGGGUCUUAACUACUUCUUAUCUCACUAUGUCGUUCGCCAGUCUGGCCCAUCAUCCGGCUUUCUUGACUACACAUUUAACAUCCUCUCCAGAGAAGACGGUAAUGACUUGCUGGAGGGUGCUAUUUUAGCGCUUGGAUUCAGCGGUCUUGCCCACACGACAAGGCAGGGCGACUUGAUGGCACGCUCUGUAAUGAUGUAUACACGCACUAUGGAGCGGGUCAACCGUGCCCUGACCGACCCUCAGGCAGCGCGACGAGACAGCACAAUUGCUACUGUGCUUAUUCUCUCGCUCUACGACUUUGCCAAAUCCUCCCUCGAGGGUUGGAAGCUCCACAUUGAGGGAGCCACCUCACUUCUGACGCUUCGCGGCAAAUCCCAAUUUUCACACCCCAUUGGCCUUCAGAUCUUCAAGGAUGUAUUUGGUCAACUCUUGGUCAACUGCCUUCGAGUGGGUUGCCCUAUGCCUGGUGCAUUGCGCAUGUUGCGCAUCGAGGCUGCCAAGGCGAUUAGUGUUUCCGAUCCGUACUGGGUUGCAAGCAGCGCCAUGGUUGAGCUACUGGAUCUCUAUCAGCACAUUUCUCCGGGCGGGUACACCUAUGUGGCCAACAACUUUCCCCCACCAUCCACGUCUGGGGCGGCGGGCCCCAAGCCGCAUAUGCCCGUACAGGAUUUGGAGCGAUACUUGUCGCAAGCUCUGGAAAUUGACCACCGCCUCCAGAGCACGUUCAGCGAAGUCGGGCCGGAAUGGCAGUACACUGUCAUGCCAACGUCCCCUGGCGCCGUUGCGGGUGCUCGCGUGCUAGGAGACAUCCAAUACAUUUACCCUGAUGUUGGCGUUGCCAGCGUAUGGAACAGCAUGAGAACCUGCCGCAUCCUGGCCAAUCACGCCAUCAGUCAUCUGUUGCUCCGCGGAGCAAACACUGACAGCAACUGGUUCUUCUCCAACAGCUAUGCUGAGCGCCUGCAGCAGGUCACCAAGAACAUGCAAUCUUUGCGCGACGAUCUUAUCUCGACCGUUCCACAGCUGAUGGGCUAUGUCAGCGCGCCAUCACAGCCCCAACACCAGGGUUCAGCACACCAGGCACGAAACAAAGGAUCGACACCAGUGGCGUCUGACUCUGGAAUUGACAUUGCGGAUAACUCUUCUGCUUCGUCCCCUUCCUAUUUUCCCGCGUCUGUCUUCUUUGGCGAGCAGGUUACGUAUUCCGGAUCUGCUAUUGGUGGCUAUUUGUCUUGCUGGGUGCUGCUUAUGAUUGGGUGCAUGCACAGUCUUACCGAUGAGACACGUGCAUGGACUGUUGCUCAGCUCCGCCAUGUCAGCACGCAACAUGGUCUGACCCAGGCUGAGCAUUUUGCUACCGCUAUCGAGACAAACAACUUCCGCCCGCCUCUGAGGUAACCUAGACGGGAGCUCCUAUUUUACCCAUUUUUUAUUUGAUUCUUUUUGGCGUUUUUCUUUUUCGGGUUGGGUGGGUAAAUUCAAGCAUUCAAGGAUAUUAUGUACUAGGUUCUACAAUUGUUUUCUAUUUUCCCGGAAAAUUUUCCGUCUUGCAUAAAAAGAGGCAGGAUUUGGGCAACCAAUUGGUUUAAUGUUAUUCAUUUCAUGGAGUUUAUGUUAUUUACAAGAUACCCUUUUUUGUGUCCCGAUCACCACAUGACUCCUCCUACUAAAUUGCAACUUGUGUCUAUUACUGCCCCAUGCGCUAAACUUAAAUUCGUCUUACAGUCAGCACGGCACAACGCUACAAAUGAAGGGCGCGGUUUCAAGAUUGAAUAGCUAUUUGCAUGAAAAUACAAUCAUAAAGGAAAUGAUGUAGGAAGACGUAAAAAAAUAAACCCAUCAUACUAUAUAUACCAGUGUCAAUGUUAAGUUAGCAUCCGUGCUAACUUAUUACUCUGUCAUAUCCAUCGCGUCAGCAGGCUGCACAAGCUGCUUAGCGGGGUUGAAUUCGCCAUCCGGGUUGGUGAGAAUCUGAACAAUGCUCUCAUUGAAAGCAACUGUCAAGCCUCGAACCCACUCCGGGGUCAUGAACUCGUAGCCGACCCAGCUCUGGCUGUAGGAGCAGCGGAGCCGAAGCUUCUCGCUGGACAAUUCCUUGCCUGGCCAUAGCUCCAGCAAGAUGGGGGUGCCGGCAUUGGUCUCUCUCCAUGGCUUGAGCAUAUUUUCUUCACGGUUAAAGCCAGGCAUAGCAUCCGGGUCCUCGUUGCCCGUGGGGGUCUCCUUGGGGAAUGCUUGAAGGAUGAGUGUAGAGUCGAAGCGUCUCGUAGACUUGGCGAACAAGACGCUCGGGCAGGGCAUCUCGGUAAAUCCAAGACAUUCUGUGUACUGCGUAAAGAGGCGCGAGCAGAUUUCUCGGUGAGUGAGACGCUUGGCACCAUCAAAAACGAUGCGCGUAGGCAGAGCGUCAAGCAUCAGAGCAUAGACUUGUAGGGAGUCUGGGGUAUGGCGGCCGUGGAAAAUGCUGCCAAACUGAACGUCCAAGUCUCUGGCUGCAUCAUCGUUUGUCUUGACUAGAGUCUGGCACAAUGCCAUGGCCCAAGCACCCUGCAGAACAGCCAUGGGCGUGUAGAGACCCUGUGUGUUGCAGAGCGUGAAGAGUUCGUCGAUGCUAAAAGCACACACUAGCUGCUCGCUGGCAACUCCAACACCAGUGUCGUUCGAGAUGAACUCGGCAUUACCAGAGGGAAGCAGCUCCUGGCCAGUGACGAAGUUGGGCUGUCCAGCCAUUUGCUUCAUCCAGAAGAGUGUCGUGCUCAGCCAGUCGGUGCCAAAGUGCUCUUCGACAGGAAUGCGGACGCCGCCGCUGGGGUGCUCGGGAGCCGGCUUGCCUGCAUAGAUCUGUGCGACAUCGCGGCGCCAGUUCUCAAUGCUCAUGCCGUCGUAGGUGAGAUGAAACAUAGAGAAGAUGAUGACGCAGUGCUUGUUGUCAGCAGAGCGUACAAAUGUGGUUACUGAGCCAAGGUUGUACAUCCCAAAGAACUCUUCGGCUGCCUUUUGGGCAUUGUUAAUGGUUCUCAUCCAUAGGCUGUUGGGGCGAGUAUCGUAGACGGGCACUGUAGUCUUAACAAUAGGAAGAGUUGCAGCCUUGGAAUUCUUAGAUAGCACUACGCCAGCAAAAGGUGCCAAUGGGUGUUCAACGGGAACCCAGACGGUGCGGAAGGCAUCGCGAGUCUCCAUAGCAGCUAUCACCGCCUUUUCUAGACGGUCUGCGUCAAUAGCCUCCGGUACCUCAUAUGGGAAAUGCUCAACCCAGGCUUUGGUAUACUUAAAUACCUUAGCCUCUUCAAUCAUAGCCAGCAUGCGAGUUUGAAUACCCGUAGCGGGAAGGACAUCUUCAAUCUCCUCAUCGGAGACACCGAGAGCCUCAGCACAAACGGGACGGCAGUGGAAGUUGAAGUGCUUGAGCUUAGCACCGACGGGGAAUGUGAGAAACUCCUCCUCAUCCUCAAACUGAACAACUUCGUCGUCAACGGCAGUUUCAGCAGCAGCCUCAGCAACUUCCUGGGCAUGCGCAUCCACGAUAGACUUGACCACACUGUCGAGUGUCUUGCCUCCAAGGACAUCCUUCAUAGCUAGGCCGUAGACAUCAUGGGCGCGAAGAGUAGACAAGAACUUCAUGGCACGCAGACUGUCAAGACCCCAUGAGUUAAGCGGUUGAGUAACAUCGUUGUUGACAACAUGCUCUCCAAUGACAAUCUUGAGAGUCUCCAUGACGAGACUGCGAACGCUAUCAGCAUUUGCCAAGUCAACUGUGAGCUCGUGGAUCGAGGCAGUCGGAGUAGGUUCCUUUCGCAUGCUGGAGGCACCAAACUGUUCCAGCGCAGUCUGCUGCAGCGCUUUUCGGUUGACCUUGCCGUUGGGUGUGCGAGGAAUGACGGGGAGAACUGUGUACUCUCUGGGACGCAUCCAAUCCGGGAGGUUUUGCUCAGCCAUGGCGCGGCACUGAGCAAUGACCUGUUCGGUAUAUGCAGCGUCGGUGUGGUCACCAGUUAAAGACAUGUAGGCGGCAAGGAAGCUUCCGUCAAGAACAACGGUGGAAAUCUCUCGGAUGUCCUCGACGCGGGCAAUGGUAGACUCGAUCUCACCGAGUUCUACACGUUUGCUGUUGAGCUUGACCUGUUCCAUGUUGAGACGGCCAAGGAUUUCCAGCUUAGCGGCACCGUCGGGGCCCCAGACAAUGCGGCCCUUGUCGCCAGUUCGGUAUAGUUCACCCAUGCCGAGGCCGUUGGUGAAGGCCUUUUCUGUCUCCUCGGGUCGGUUCAGAUAGCCGUAGCCAACCAUGGGGCCACCAAAGGCAAUCUCACCAGUCAGGCCAACAGGAACCUCCUUAAGCUCAUCCGAGUUGGAGUCAAUGAUGACUCCAGAUGCGCAAGAAAAGAUGUUGCCGACAAUGGAACCGCGGGAGCCAAGUCCGGCUGUCUCAGCCGUCAGGCACAUUGUAGUCUCGGUCGGGCCGUAAAUGUUGAUGACACGCUUGGGGGUCUCGCCGGGAGGGCAAGGUCUGUCGUAGGCAAAGUUUUCGAUGGCAUAUUUGUUGAGAUACUCGCCGCCGGAAAUAAUGGUGGUCAAGGUCGGUAGCUUGGAAGGACGCAGCAGAGUGGCCAAACUAGCCACUGUAAACAAGCUAGUGGCUUUGAAUGUGUUGAUGGUGCGCUCAAUGUCGCCGAGCAUAAUCUGGCGCUCAGCAACACAGACGGUACCACCGUAGCCUAGUGUGAGGGUAAGUUCGAGCAGGCAAAGAUCAAAGGUAGGCAUGCCAAACUGCAGCCAGCGGAGCUCAGUUCCGGUUGGAAGGUCAAAGACUUCGGCGUGGCCAUUCACACCACAGGUGCCAGAAAGAUGAGAGAUGAGGACACCCUUAGGCUUUCCAGUUGAGCCACUGGUGUAGAGAAUGUAAGCAAGAUCUUGCUCAGUAGGGGGGUGUCGCUGGAUGCUGGAGGGAUCCGUGUUAAUCUCCGGUCGGUUGGCGCGCCAUCCGGUGAUGUUGCGGAUGUUGAACCACGUCUUUUCCUUGAGAGCUCUGUUUACUUCGUUAUCCUCAGAAAGAUCGACCCCAGGGAAGGGGACGUCUCCAACACCAAGAACGACAGAAGCCUUGGAGUCAUCGAGGACAUCAAGAAGACGUUGAGGGGGCGCAUCGAGAGGAAGCGGGCUAAAUGCAAAACCAGCCUUCAUAAUACCAAAGAUACCAAUGUAGAGGUCAGGCGACGAGCCGGCAAAGAUUGGAACCGCUCGCUGGUUGCGGAAAGCUGGCGUCCAGGCAAUCUCACGCUCAAUGAGGGUGAGCUCAUCGGCAACGACUUCAGCCUUGGCAUUGAGCUCGGCAUAUGUGAUCUUUUC